AUGCCUAAACUAAUCAAAGAUUAAACACCUGACUAUACUGAAAUAAGAUCUGCAAGAAAUUAAUCAAUUGAAAAAUAAUUGAAAAAAAUUAAGUAGAAAAUACCACCUAUUUAAACAGAUCGUCAUUAUUCUAGUACACAAGAUUUAUUAGAGAAGGUUUAAGAAUAAAUUCUAUACAAAACAAGUAUUAUAAGUAGAAAUUCAUCAAAUGCAACAUUAUUGCCUUAAACAAAAAAACCAGAACAAAAAUAACAAUAAUAAUAAUAGUUGCAUGAAAGAAGAAAUGAAAUUGAUUUUGUUUUAAAGAAACUAUUGAAUGCUUAAGCAAUUGUAAAUGAUGAGCCUUAACAAAUGAUAGAACCUAGAAUAUAUAAUCCAUAUUUUCGUUCUCCAUCAGUUUUACCUCCUCAUUUGAAGGAUACUUAUUUCGAUCCUGAUAAGUACCAAAAUUUUUAUGAUAAACUCAAUAAAAACAACUUAAAAGUUAAUCAUCAAGUUAGAACAGCCAUAUUAAAUUAUAGAAAAUAAAUAACAUCCAAAUAAUAAAGAGUACCUAACUUUCUUAAAUUUAUUUAAUGA